AUGGGCUGCUCCAAGGGGAGUCCCCACUACAGCAAUGUUAUCCUGCCCAGCGUAUUCGGAAUCAUCUGUUUCCUUGGGAUUGUGGGCAACUGUAUCGUGAUUUACACCAUCAUGAAGAAGACCAAAUGUCGGGCCAAGCAGACCGUCCCCGACAUCUUCAUCUUCAACCUCUCCAUCGUGGACCUCCUCUUCCUCCUGGGCAUGCCCUUCCUCAUCCACCAGCUGAUGGGCGACGGCUCCUGGUGCUUCGGGGCGGCCAUGUGCACGGUCAUCUCCGCGCUGGACUCCAACAGCCAGACGGUCAGCACGUACAUCCUCACCGUCAUGACGCUGGACCGCUACCUGGCCACCGUCCACCCCAUCCGCUUCAACCACGUGCGCACGCCGUGCGUGGCGGGCGCCUCGGUGGCGCUGGUGUGGGCGCUCUCGCUGCUCUCCGUGGCGCCCGUGCUCCUGUACUCCGGCCUCAUGCCGCUGCCCGGCGGCCGCGUGGCCUGCGCCCUCCUGCUGCCCGACCCGGCCGCCGACGUCUACUGGUUCACCCUCUACCAGUUCGUGCUGGCCUUCGCCCUGCCGCUGGCGGUCAUCUGCGCCGUCUUCUCCAGGAUCCUGCGGCACAUGUCCACGGCGGUGGCGCCGCUGCCCCCGCGGAGCCUGCGCCUGCGCACCAAGAGAGUGACCCGCACGGCCGUGGCCAUCUGCCUGGCCUUCUUCCUGUGCUGGGCGCCCUACUACGUGCUGCAGCUGGUGCACCUGGGCGUGCCGCGGCCCAGCGCCGCCUUCUCCUACGCCUACGACAUGGCCAUCGGCAUGGGCUACGCCAACAGCUGCAUCAACCCCUUCCUGUACAUCGCGCUGAGCCGGAGCUUCAAGCGCCGCUUCGCCGUGGCCGUCCUGCCGCCGCACAAGGGCUCGCGGGUCAACCCCAGCACCACGGACGGGAGCGUGAGCUUGCGCUUGGCCCCCGACGGCCCCCAGCCGCCCCGGUCCUCCAGGCUCCCGCAGGGUGGACCGCAGGGUGGACAACAGGAGGGCAGGGGCAGCCGCUGA